AUGCCACAUCUUCAAUUUGGCGUCGUUCUCGCUGCGACUAUCAUCUUGUUGAUGGUCUCUGUGCAAUUAAUUGCAGUGUUCACAGGGAAAAGUGACCGGAUUCCCACGCCUAGCUUUCCGCGCAGCUUCAACCAGUCGAGAAUCCAAACCAACACUACGGCUAAUAGUGAGACGUUCUUAAUAGGCGCUGGCAAGGCUGAUAUGACAGGUCCAGUGGUUGAGAUUGAUUUCAACGGCUAUGCAGGCAUAAAUCAAGUGGGAACGGGGUUGCGACAGAGAAUAUACUCUCGCGCUUUCGUCAUUGCAAAUCCCAGCCAACCAGAUGAUACGUUUGUCUACCUUGUUCUCGAUGGUGUUGCUGGUGAUACCGCUGUGCGACGUGGAGUCUUAGAAGGUCUCUCGGCAUUGGGUGGCAAUUACUCACGCUACGGCGAGCAAAAUGUUGCGUUGACGGGCACUCAUUCACACUCUGGACCUGGAGCAUGGAUGAACUACCUUCUUCCGCAAAUUCCGACUAGGGGCUUUGACAAGCAAAGUUACCAGGCUAUCGUGGAUGGAGUGAUUUUAUCAAUCCAGCGCGCUCACAAAAACCUGACACCAGGCCGUCUUUCCUUUGGAUCCAUCGACCUGGAAGAUGCGAAUAUCAAUCGCAGUCCGUAUGCAUACGAUCAGAACCCACCGCAGGAAAAGGCUCGAUAUUUGUCGAACGUGGAAAAGACCUUGACACUCCUGCGGUUUGAUCGAGAGUCAGAUAACAAGACGGUAGCUGUUCUUUCUUGGUUUCCAGUUCAUGGUACAUCAUUGUACAACAACAAUACCCUGGUUACUGGGGACAAUAAGGGAGUUGCUGCCUAUCUUUUCGAGCGAAGUACUAUCGGUGACUCGAGGUUUACCGACGAUGCUGUUAUCGGCUUCUCACAGGCCAGUGUCGGCGAUACAUCCCCCAACAUCUUGGGCGCAUGGUGUGAGGACGGAUCUGGUACUAUGUGCACAUACACUGAUAGCGUCUGUGGUCACACAAACGAAGCCUGUCAUGGAAGGGGUCCGUUCUUCCGUGAGCAAGAUAAUGGUGCCAAAAGCUGUUUCGAAAUCGGCCGACGCCAAUACUCGGCGGCCAAGAAGCUUUAUGGGCAGAUGAGCUUCAAAGCGACCUCGAUCGUUGGCAGUUCGUUUGUUAGAUCAUUCCAUGUUUACCAUGAUUUCAAUAACUUCACCUUCUUGUCUCCUUUCACGUACAGAAUCUUGAGGACGUGCCCUGCUGCUCUGGGAUAUUCGUUUGCUGCCGGAACUACAGAUGGGCCAGGCGCGUUUGAUUUUACUCAGAAUGCCACUGGUCCGGCAACCGGUAACCUCCUGUGGAGAUUCGCUCGGGAAUUUAUUCAUCAUCCCAGUGAAGAUCAGAUAAGAUGCCAGGGAGCGAAAAAUAUCCUUUUGGAUGUUGGGACUCUUACGCAGCCUUACGAGUGGGCGCCCGGCAUUGUCGACAUCCAACUUCUCCGAGUGGGGCAGCUGAUCAUUAUUGUCUCCUCCAGUGAGGUGACUACCAUGUCUGGAAGACGGUGGAAGGAGGCGAUCGCUAGGAGUGUGCAGCAUACCCUUUCUGAAUCCGACCCACUGGUCGUGCUGGGUGCCCCGGCCAACAGCUAUGCUCACUACGUUACAACAGAAGAAGAGUACAGUGCACAGCGCUACGAAGGAGCUUCCACCCUAUACGGACCCAACACCCUCGCGGCAUACGUCAAUCUGACCCUGACCUACCUGCCGUACCUGGGAAGCGCCCGUGAUAUCGUGAACCUGCCAACCAUCUCCCCAGGGCCCAGGCCACCCGUCAACACCAAUCGAUCGUUGAGCUUCAUUACUGGUGUGGUGUAUGACGGUGCACCAUUUGGGAAAUCUUUUGGCGACGUCCUUUCCAAUCCCGGAAAUAAAACCUAUGGACGCGAAGACGUCGUCAAUACCACCUUUAUUGGCGCCAACCCCCGAAAUCAUCUCCACCUGGAAUCCACUUUUGCAACCGUUGAAUACCAAUCGAGCCCUACCAAUUGGGUAGUUGUGCGCAAUGACCGUGAUUGGAAUCUGCUAUUCUUGUGGAAGCGAACUGAUACCAUCCUUGGACGCAGCGAGGUGACUAUCUCAUGGAAGAUCGAGGACAGCUAUUACAGCGUUGAUGAUCCCAACACUCUUCAAGCUGGAUACUAUCGUAUGCAUUAUUAUGGCGACUCAAAGGAUCCACUCGGGAAGAUCACGCCCUUUGAGGGCAUCGGGGGAAAAUUCAGGGUGGCGUAG